AUGACAGUUUAUUUAACAAGACAUGGUUUAAGAGAGGAUUGGAUUAAUAAAUUAUGGAGAUCUACAGCAUUAAGACCAUCAGAUCCACCUUUAUCGGCACGUGGAUUUCAUAUAGCUAAAGAGUUGGGUAUUUUCAGUAAAACUUUAGGAUUAAAACAUAUUAUAUCAUCACCAAUGGAGAGAUGUAUUCAAACAAGUACAGCAAUAGCUGAUGAAUUAGAUUUGCCAAUUAAAAUUGAUUAUGGUGUUAUUGAAUGGGUUGGUUCUGAUCCAAGACCUGAUGAUAUUUUAAAUCCACUUUCAAAUGAGGAAUUAAAAUUAAAAUAUCCAAGAAUUGAUUUAGAUUAUAAAUCAACAACAAAUAAUAUACCAACAAAAGAAUCAAUUGAAGAAUUACAUGAAAGAACAAAGAUAUCAGUUGAUCAAAUCAUUGAAAAGUUUAAAGAUGAUGGACCAAUCAUUAUCGUUUCUCAUGCCGCUACAAUGAUUGCUUUAGGUAGAGGUAUUUUAAAUGAUAAUAAUGCACCAUUAAGAUCUGGUGUUUGUAGUUUAUCCAAAUUUAAUUUUAAUACUACAGAAAAUAAAUGGGAACUUGAAUAUACUGGUAAAUCUGAUUUCAUGGAAGAUGGAGAACAAUCUCAUUGGACUUUUAAACGUCCAGUAAUUGAAAAAUCUUAA